AAUUUGGUACCGUUCACUGGCUCCAUGGAAUACGAAGAAGCAAAAUUGCCAGCAUCUCUCCCAUCAUCAUCUUCAGAAGAAGAAGAAACAGCAGACCCAUCGACGCCAUUUAACAGCAGCGAUUGCAAGGAGUAUGUGAUGAGCGAAGUUCACUUGGGCUGUCCUCCUCGUUCUUUAGGGCCCCAUAUCUCCUGCUUCACCUUCCCAAUCCCUCCAGGUACCAAGAGGCAUAGUGGCGCUGAUCUUGUCAAAUUCGAAGGAGCUUCGACAUGCCCAGAGAUUAGUUUCGAUGGAGAUGGUGAUCUUGUUCUACCACGACGAAGCAAACCAUCUAACAAUAGUUCUGGAGUGAUUAUCCAGCAUAAUAUCACAUCAUCAAUUCCCAAUGUCGGAUUGCAGGUAGUAUGGAGGGCUGAGUUGGCAUUAGCUGAUUUUGUGCUGCAUAGGGUGUUUACAUCAUCAGACUUUGACGGAAUUGUUUCAUUAGAACUUGGUGCUGGUACAGGGUUGGUUGGUAUAUUGUUAGCACGUGUUGCCAAGACUGUUUUCCUUACAGACUGUGGUGUUGAAAUCCUCGGUAACUGCACUGCAAACGUUCAUCUCAACUCUAAGACGUAUAGUAAUAAUGAAACUUCAGUCUAUGUACGUGAACUUGAUUGGAAGAAGUCAUGGCCCCCUAUUGUCGGGUUAGAUAAAUUGUCAUCUGAAAACAGAUAUGUGUGGACCCCAUCAGAAAUUGAAGUAGCUCAGGAAGCUUCAUUGAUCUUAGCUGCUGAUGUAGUUUACAUUGAUGACCUGACCGAUGCACUUUUCAAUACUGUAGAGAAAUUAAUGUCGCAAGGUUCUGAAAAGGUGUUAUACCUGGCAUUAGAAAAGCGCUACAACUUCAGUCUCUAUGAUCUUGAUAUUGUUGCAAAUGGGUAUUCACAUUUCCUAAGUUAUCUGAGGGAAGAGAGAGUUGAUAAUGCAGAGUGCAUGGAGCUUGAAGAUGGAUUAUUGCCAUGUUUUGUUGGCAAGCGCAUUGAUCUUGCACAGAUCCCACAAUAUGUGAGAGAGUAUGAGAGAGGAAGUGAUGUAGAGAUUUGGCAGAUUAAGUAUGUCUCUUCCAAACUGACCAAGAAAUUAUCAUGUCAAGAGGAGUAGUUUGUAUUUAUGUACAUCUUAGUAUUUUUGUU